AUGAGCACUAGUACGAUUGUUAAAACAAAUGCUAAUCAUGAAAUUGUGGUACAUGUCGAAGGACGAGCACAGAAAACAGAAGACAAUUCUCCACUGUACUACGUGGAGAAUAUUCAUUGUAAGAUUCCGUAUAUUGAUCCAUUUGCUGAGGAAGUCAUGGAGAUCUACAAACCACACGUAUUUGAGGAAUGUACGAAUGAAUCGGAUUUAGUCAGACCUAUCUUCGAUAUGAAUAUUAAGCGCUAUAUGCUCCAUAUCAACGAUAGCGUCAUAUCGCAAAUACUCAAUUCCAGUGAAAUAAAAUACACGUGCUAUUAUCAGGAAAUAACACACAGUGAUAAGAAUGGAAUAUCAUUUAUCAAUGGCUUCAAAUUGCAUUCGCCAGUAUACUUCAGACAUGGAUACGAAAUACCACCCCAUGUUCAGGCUAUAAUUUUGAAUUGCCAUGAGGCCAGAAAUGUAUCGCACGUACUGCAAAUGGACGGUUAUGCUUUGGUUCAAUACAAGUCACCUCCAGGAGCAGGAGCAGAAAGAGGACCAGAAGCAACAGAAGGAGUAGCAAAGGACUCAAGAAAGUCGCAGCCGCGAAAGCCUAGCGUCAUAAUGUUUGGCCUGGACACCAUGUCGAGAAUUAAUUUAAGGCGCACCAUGCCCAAAGUUUACAAGUUCUUAACACAGACCGGUUGGUAUGAGAUGCAGGGUUAUAAUAAGGUUGCGGAUAACACAUUUCCAAAUCUAUUGGCCGUUCUCAGUGGCUUUUCGCCAAAAACAGCGAAAAAGAAGGUGUGCGAUACGGAUAGAUAUGGUUGCUUUGAGAGAUUUCCUUUCAUCUGGAAAUAUUUAAAGGAGGCGGGAUAUUUGACAGCCUAUGCGGAGGAUGCGUUCUGCAUAAACACCUUUAACCUCGGCAAGCCGGGCUUCUCUAUACCGCCAACUGACUACUAUCACCUUCUUUUUCUGCGAGCGUUCGAAGAUCAGUUAAAGGGUUGGAAGUGCGACGAAUGCUCAAUGAAUUAUUGCUAUGGACGACGGGUACAGAGCAGUUAUAUAUUUGACUAUAUGAAGGAGUUUGCCAAGCGAUACAUCAACGAUCAACCUAUUUGGGGUCUCUUCUGGUCCAGUAGUUUCACGCAUGAUGACUUCUCAAUGCCCUCAAAGAUGGACAACUAUAUUUUACAGUAUUUUAAAGACUUUGAGACGGACGGUGUGCUAGAUGAAAAUAUUGUCAUCUUCUUCUCCGAUCACGGCGCACGCUUUGGAGAAUUAAGACAACUAAGCAGCGGAUUCUUAGAAUCCCGCCUGCCCAUGUUGUUCAUCUAUCUACCUCCAUGGUUUCGUGAACAAUAUCCUGAAUAUGCUCGGGCUUUGGAGCUAAAUCGUAAUCGUCUGACAUCCAGCUAUGAUCUGCACAACACUCUCAAGCAUAUCAUUGAAAUUGGAGGAUUACGUAAUGAAUCCGUUCUGCCCAAAUCUGAGGAUUGUCCCAAAUGUCAGUCCCUUUUCCAUCCCGUUGACGAGUUGAGGACUUGCUCCGAUGCUGGAAUCCCCGCACACUAUUGCACCUGUGAGCCUUAUAAAACAAUUAAUGAUAAAUGGACAGAUCGUAUCGCAGCUCUUGUUAUUGAACGCAUAAACGAAUAUCUAUGGUCUAAAAAUCUAAGCAGUUGCUGUGAGAAUCUCACUUUAAAUCUCACACAAAACGCGGAAUUUAAAAUUGGACUAGAUAUGAAGUUUCAUAGUGAAAUACGAAAAAUGGAUAAAGCUCAGUAUCACAUCACAUUUACAGUUAAACAGAAUGGAGCUAUUUUCUUCGCAACUGUUAUUUAUAAUUCUAUUCUCGAUAAAGUGGACAUAGAUGUGGAGACGAUAAGUCGUCUUAAUGAGUAUAAUAGAGACUCUUAUUGCAUUAAUGAUAAAUUGGCUAAGCUUUUUUGUAUUUGUAAAAUAGAGUUACCGAUGCCACCAGUGUUCGUGGACAGAAAAAUUAGCAGAUUCAUAGGUGGCGAUAAAAAAAUUACACGAUUCAUAGGUAUGAGGCCACCUUCUGUAGCUAAACCAUGAGAAAACCUCUUAAAUUGUAAGGUUGAAUCAAAAGAUACUUUGCUGUAAGUUAUUGAUAAAUAUAAAUCAGGUAAUCCGAAGAAAUCACAUUUUUCUUUAUUACUCUCGAAAUUUAUUCAUUAAAACAUAUGUACGUAAUAAAUAUCUCAUGCUUCUUAUCAGGAA